UUUUACAUUUACCAAACUAAAUCCCAGGUCUAUUAUAUUGCACACACUGAUUCCAUUAUGUAUACAUUCAAAUUCUUAAUAUUUCAAACAUUCAUAUUCACAUUGGCUUUCUUUAGUUUCUCUCUCCCUUACAAAUCCAAUCUUAUUUUCUAGGCCUGCUGGACCUGUGGAAAACAGGAGUUUCAGUCUUUUGGAUAGGUGGAGGAGACUCAACCGGGUGCAUGCCUGGAGGGUACACAACAGGAGGGUGCACUUCUGACUGUUCCAGAAAAGUCACUUGAGUCCUACGUAGACUCCUGCGGUUUCUCCUGAGUAUCUGUCCUUCUUCAGUUCUAAUGGUAAAUUACCUUGAGCUUACAUCCUUUAGGACAACUACUGUCUUGUUCCAUGCAGUGGGCUCCUCAAUUCUGACCACAUCACAUUCUGAGAGAGGUUUCAGGCUCUUGGACGCCCUGUUGCGGUUCCUUUUCUGUUCCCACUUGAGCUGUGCACAUUUCUGUGUCAGUUCUAUUUUCCUUUAUAUCUGGCAUGAAUGGCAUGGCAAUGUGUUGCAUGAGGACCUCUGCAGGAGACACUCCACAUUCCAGAGGUGCGGGUAGCUCAACAGAUCCAAGCAAGGGUCUGAGCUGCAAUCAGUGGCCUUUUUCAAAGUCAGUAUGGGCAGACCCUCACAUGGAAAGAAUGGAUCUGGAAAACGUAACUGCUGCAGAGGACCAGACGUCUUACUACUUGGAUAAGACCUGGGUGCAGUGUGAGUCUCCGGCCUGUUUGAAGUGGAGGCUGAUCCCGAGAGGAGACUGUGAGGGGUUCGACCCGGACCGGCCCUGGUACUGCCACAUGAACCAGGAUCCAUCCUACGGCCAGUGCUCGGUGCCCCAGGGUCCUCUUCCGAAACCCUCCCAGCUUCAGCAGUUUGGACUGAAGUUCAUUUACUCUAAGCUUCCUGUUGGAAGCUUAGUAAUGGUGAAGGCUGGCAGGUGGCCAUGGUGGCCAGCAGUCCUGAGCCCAGAUCCUGUGUGUGCGGAGUAUGUGCAGGAGGACAGCGAUGGGGACGUGGUGAAGUACCACGUGGAGUUCCUCGGGAGUCCCCACUCACGCCUCUGGGCAUCUGCAGGGAGAGUCCAGCACUACCAGGCUGCAGAUGCAGAGCCUAAACAUGUGACAGUCUCUCUAAAGAAGUCAUACGGAGUGGCAUUAGAGGAGGCGGCUAAGAUGGAGAAUGUCACAUGUGAGGAGAGGCUGCAGCUGUGCCUGUAUAAGCCACAUGAAUUGCUCGAUCAGGCUGAAAGUUUAAUGCAUGAUAUUGAGAAGAAGAUUGAGCAGUGUACCUCAGUAUGCACUUCCACCCAGAGCAUCCGCAAGGGCAGGAGGAGGUCUCACACGGCGGGAGACCGUGAGUGGAUUGGGGAGGACAAUGUGGUAGAAGUAGGAAAUAUGCUCAUCAUCAACGGCAUCGUGUUUAGAAGUGGGAGGAGCUCUGAGGAGAUAAUGAAGGACGCGACAGGCCCUGUCGUGGAGCAAAGCAAAUGAAGAACAGAGUGGUGAAUGGCUAAAAAGUUGUACAGAAGUGUAUCCUUUUAAACGUACAUGUACCCAAGAUUUAGGUUUUGGAAGCACAGGAAUGCAUGCCCUUUCUUCAUUCUGUCCACCACUUGGAGUGGGUGUUGCUUGCAGAACAUGUUAACUCAGCAGUUAUAUCAGCUACACAGUUAUUUUAUUUGUUGGAAAUCAGGCUGUAAAAAGCCUGCCUGUCAAAAUAGCAGUAUGAGGAACAAACUCAGUUCAGUUCAGUAGUGAAAUCCAAACCUGAUAACUGGAGCUAGUUAUUCACACCUGACACAAGCAAUGCUGUUUUGGGCUGUUGGCUUUAGUAGACAGAUACAUACCACAAGGCAAUGUACGCAUUAGGCUAAAAGCUGUGUUAUGGAAACAAACAAGGAAACUGCUGUGACAGACUUAACACUGUGUCCGGAAGUUCAGUUGUCAUGGCUACUUGUCAGAAAUAAUUGGCUUAUGUUUACAGUUCAAUCAGUUUUGUGAUACCAUACAAUUGUAAGUUACAUUUGCAUGGUUGUACUGUUAAAUAUUUAUGUGUAAACUCCCCCCAUGUUCUCCAAUAGUUGUAACAAUUAAAA